GCCAAGCGGGUUAUAAUGAAGGAGAUGACCAGAUGCUUCCUUGAGACACAUGCAUCUCAAGUCCCAGCGGACAACUACCCUCUUUGCCUUGAUUACUAUUUAAAAGGAGUACUCGACUUAAUAGUAAGAGAAGCAAACGAGGGAAGUUUACUGAUAACAGUGGAGUGCAGGACUCUGGAAAUUCUCGAAGGUCUGUGGGAAGACUUCUGUUCUGGUCAUUUGAAUGCAGUAGCCGAGGAACGCCUUUUGACAGAUGAUAUCAAGAGACGGUUUGAUGUGGAAUCCGUUAAGCUGGAAACAACUAUCUCGAAAGAAGAUUACCUGGCUUGCAAACUGUUCCUAAUGGGCAUGUCAAAAGUGAACCAGGACUCAUCAUUGAGGGCCCACGAAUCACUUGCCCACGACCAUGCUGACCAAGCUGCUGAUGAAACUCAGACUCAAACGGCUGAAGACGCUGAACCAAUGACAGUGCACUUUGCAGUUAAUUACAGAGAAAACUUCAAAAACACAGAAUCAGAAAAUGGUGCUCACCAAGAAAAAGAAGGAGAGGAAAGUCGACAACUACUGUCUGAAGAAAAAACAAGUGGUGUUGCCGUUGAUGAAUUACCUCAGUACUUUCAGUAUCCAAAACUAAUUCAUGACUCAACGCCAACAGAAGAAAGUGAGAAUAGUUUACGGUUAGCAGUGAGGUGCAGCAGUCUGGAAGGACUUGAACGCCUGUGGGAAGACUAUCGUUCUGGUCGCCUAAAUGAAAUAGCCGAGAAAUACCUUGUGACAGAUGAAAUAAAGAGGAGAUUUCAUGUGGAGUCUGUAAAUUUAGCCACAACUAUUCAGGAAGAAGAUUACUUGGCAUGCAAAGAGUUUCUGUCGAGCAAACCAAACAGCAAUGAUUGUUCACCCAUAAAGACUGCUGGAGAAACUUCGACUCAAACGUCUAGGGAAACUCAGACCCAGAUUGCUGUCAAACGUGGGACUCUGACUUUAGAGGAAAUACAGAUUCAACCUGCCGAGGAAUGGCAGAGUCAGAUGGUUGACGAAAGCGAGAUCUUCGUUUCAGGGAAUACUCACAUUUCAUCUACGAACGAAACUCGUACUUUGACUGUGGAAGGAACGGAGCCCCAAGUUGUUGCAGAAACUCAGAUUCCAUCGGCUGAGGAAACUAGGACAAGGGCUGUGGAAGCUAUACAAACUCGAGGUACUGGCAUGAGCAAGAUUCGAUCUGUGGAAAAAACUCAGACCCGGGCUACUACUGAAAGUACGAACCUUGCAAGAGACGAAACUCAGAUUCAACCUCCCGAAGAAACCUACCCCCGUACAAAGACCGCUGAGUACAUGAGCACCCUGGCUACAGAAGAAGCUAAAAAUGCGGAAGAAAAUGAAUCCUCAAUUUUGAACGAUGAGCUCGAGACAAAAGGCUCGACAUGUGCAGGAGUUGGUUCUCUGGCGCCGUCUUGCCAGUCUCUAACUCAGAUUCCUAAAGAAGUUGAAAAGUUUUCUGGUUCAGCAUUGGACAUCGGCGUGCCAAGUCCACAUUCUUCAUUCAAGGCAAUAAAGAUCAAUACCACCUUGACCAGUUUAAAUUUGAGUGGCAAAAUGAUUGGUGAUCAUGAUGUGCGUUCUCUCUCUGAGGAUCUUAAUGUCAACAAUACGUUAACCAAUCUAAAUGUAAGUGGGAACCACAUUGGUCAUAAUGGUGCGGGUCAUCUCUCUAAAGCCCUAAAAGUGAAUGGAACUUUGACCAAUCUGAAUGUGAGUGGGAACCACAUUAGUGAUAGUGGCGCAUGUCAUCUCUCUGAAGCACUAAAAAUGAAUGGAACGUUGGCUAAUCUAAACGUGAGUGAGAACAGCAUUGGUGAAAGUGGAGCGUGUCAUCUCUCUGAAGCCCUAAAAGUGAAUGGAACGUUGGCUGAUCUAAAUGUGAGUUGGAACAAACUUGGUGAAAGUGGAGCGUGUCGGCUCUCUGAAGCCCUUAAAGUGAAUAGAACGUUGGCUAAUCUGGAUGUGAGCGGCAACAAGAUUGGUGAAAGUGGAGCGUGUCAUCUCUCUGAAGCCCUAAAAGUGAAUGGAACUUUGACCAAUCUGAAUUUGAGUGGGAACAACAUCGGUGAUAGUGGUGCGGAUCAUCUCUCUGAAGCACUAAAAAUGAAUGGAACGUUGGCUAAUCUAAACGUGAGUGAGAACAGCAUUAGUGAAAGUGGAGCGUGUUAUCUCUCUGAAGCCUUAAAAGUGAAUGAAUCGUUGACUAAUCUGGAUGUGUACAACAACGAAAUUGGUGAUAGUGGUAUGGCUCAUCUCUCUGAAGCUCUAAAAGUGAAUGUAACUUUGACUAAUCUGGAUGUGACUGCGAACACGAUUGGUGAAAGUGGAGCGUGUCAUCUUUCUGAAGCCCUAAAAGUGAAUGGAACUUUGACUAAUCUGAACGUAAAUUGGAACAGCAUUAAUGAAAGUGGUGCGGGUCAUCUUUCUAAAGCUCUAAAAGUAAAUGGAACGUUGGCUAAACUAAAUGUGAUUUCAAACAACAUUGGUGAUAGUGGUGCAGGACAUCUCUCUGAAGCUCUAAAAGUGAAUGGAACGCUGGCUAACCUGAAUGUGAGUUGGAACAACAUUGGUGAUAGUGGUGCGGGUCAUCUCUCUGAAGCUCUAAAAGUGAACGGAACGUUGGCUUAUCUGAAUGUGACCGGCAACAAAAUUGGUGAUAGCGGUGCGAUUCAUCUCUCUGAAGCCCUAAAAGUGAAUGAAACGUUGGCUAAUCUGAAUGUGAGCGGCAACAAAAUUGGUGAUAGUGGUGCGGGUCUUCUCUCUGAAGCCCUAAAAGUGAAUGGAACGUUGGUUAAUCUGAAUAUGACAUGGAACAAUAUUGGUGAUACUGGUGCAGGUCAUCUCUCUGAAGCCCUUAAAGUGAAUAGAACGUCGACUGAUCUGGACAAGAGCAAGGACAACAUUGGUGAUAGUGCUGCGUGUCAUCUGAUUGGGCUUACUCUCCAGCGCAACGUUCGCAGUUUCUUGAAAAAAGUAUUCCCAAAAAAUGAAGAAAGAACUACAUUGGAAUCUCCCAAGUGCAAGCAAAGGGAAAAUCCUGACAGGUUUGCUCGCAAUAUGGGAAGAGGUAGGUGGACCAUACAAUUUACAAUCUGGUAAGUCUUUUCAUGGAAUUAAGAGUGACUGUAUAACAAUCGACCAAAAUCGACUUGCGGUAGCACAAGUCGAAAAAUCGAUUUCACUCGUAUUUUGCCCAUAGAUAGGUCCUAGUGAGAAUACAAACGGACCGUAAUUAGUUACUUCUAAUACGGCUUACUUUUGGCAGAAUUUUGCGAAAAACAAUUUCGUCCCGAUUGAGCUGAAAAUCUACUUCCAGUUAUGCUGAAUUUUCUGAGUAUUUGAUCGCAUCGCACAUCACACAGCAGCUACUUGAGAAUCUUUCAGUGAUAUGCAUAUUCAGCUCAGGUCUUCAUGGUACCACUGAACGAAAAGUAGCAUAAAUCAAAGUUAGUUUUAAGCCCGGACCGAGAUCGAACAGAAACGAAUAAUUUGACAAUGUGUUGCAAGCAAAUUAUAGCACUAAAAUAUCACUUUUUUUCUAUGGGCUAUAACUUUAAAUGCCUUAAAAAACUUCCUACUGGUUAACUAUACACCCAACUGUUUGAAAAUCAAAAAAAUACCUCUGGGGAAAUGGUUUUAAGACCGAAUUUACCAAAGGACCAGGCAGGGGUGAUACAUGCCAUCUCUUCUUUUUGGAUGAAACUUUGCCAGAUUGAA